UGUAUGAGAAGGGGAAUGCAUGCCUGCAGCCUGGCUCUUCUUCAUUCCAUAGGCUCUCGUGGAGCUUGCAAGAGUCCUCUGCAUUCCCAGACACGCUCACUCAGCCUGUUGCUAUCUCUCUGGCUUGCUCCUCAGGUAAAUGUAAGCUCAGCCGUACUGAAAGCAGCAGCUCACCAUUAUGGCUCACAGUGUGACAAGCCCAACAAGGAGUUCAUGCUUUGCCGCUGGGAGGAGAAGGACCCACGGAAAUGUUUAAAGGAGGGCAAGCAAGUGAACAAGUGUGCAAUGGACUUCUUCAGGCAGCUUAAGCUGCACUGUGCGGAGCCAUUUACCCAAUACUGGACUUGCAUUGACUAUAAUAACCUGCUAGAGCUUCGCCACUGCCGCAAGCAGCAGCAGGUCUUUGAUGAGUGCGUCCUGGAUAAGUUGGGCUGGGUGAGACCUGAUCUGGGACAGCUGUCAAAGGUCACCAAAGUGAAGACCGACCGGCCACUGCCUGAGAAUCCCUAUCAUUCUAGGCAAAGACCACAACCAAACCCACCAGUUGAAGGAGAGUUGCAGACAUCUAAAUAUGGAAGCAAGUUGUUUUUCUUUGACUUUUAAACUGGCUAUUUUGGCUCCUUCAGAACAACACCAGACUUCAUGAUGACUGUAAAUAACUCUUUCCUGGUGUGUUUUGAAUGCCCUCUGUAUUUGGUAGUCAUUAAGGAUAAUAAACUUCAAAUGGUA